UGGUUUCGACACUCAUGGCGCCUGCGUGGUAAACCUGGCGACUCAAGUGCAUCUGUCGCUCUGCUGCACGUUGUUAACUUGGAUUCUGUAAAACUGUUGUAAAGAGUGCUAAAAGAAGACUAGUACAAUGAGCAUUUCUGUGAUUCAGACGAUCAAACAACAUGAAGGCGAGAGAAGAGGCCACGGAUAUCGGCCGGCUCGAGUCCACGAUCACCUAUACGACCCAGUACACACAGUCUCGUGUGAAAAGGACCAUGCACGGGCCACCUUUAGGGCACAUGCAUCACUUGACCGAUUGAAGAGAGUUCCAGAGUACAAGACCAUGUUUAGCAGUUUGCCUCACCAUCCUCGCUUCACUCUGAGGCUGGAGGCUUCAGAUCCGGUGCCAUCUUUCAUAGACCGCCGAUGGAGGGGAAGAGUGGAGCAACGGAAAGAAGCUCUUCAGAAAUUAGUCGAAUAUAAUCCAGCUUUCAAAAAUCUAAAUAUAUACGAAAACCCCGAUGUAUCAGGAAUGAAUCGGUGGAAGUAUUUUAAACGCCCUCUUAUACCAUACCUGCAUCAGGUCCUUCCAAAUGUUGUUCUUGCUGUGUCAAAUGCAGAUUCAUAUGUGGUCCACGAGAAGGGGAAGCCUCCUAUAAAAUUAGUGCAGAGUGUCGGCAUUCAAACAGAUUACCGAGACAGCGAGACCCAGACUGACCCCUACUCUCCUGAGUAUGUCGUCCGACCAGGAUCAGCCCCAGAACUUCUCACUCUUGCCAGCCUAACUUGGGGUCGGGGGUUGCCAGCAGGCUGGGAAGAAGUGAAGAUGAUCACACGUGCCCGAGAGAAGCGGGCAUGGGAAGCAGCUCUCCCUCCUUUAAAUGAUUUAUCACAGCUGCAGAAGCGCCGGAAAAUGAUGGACGAAAUGGAAAGAAAGGAGUGGGCUUUUCGAGAAAGGGAAAUUGAGAAGUUGCAAGAGAUCCGUCUGAAAGUGCUACAGCAGCUCCUAAAAGAGAGGGAUGCUAAGCAACGUGAAAUUCAAGCAACACGGAUGGACAAUCGGUGGAAGCUGUUACAAGAAGAGAAAGAAAAGAAACUGACAGAAAUACACAAAGGCCACAUUAGAGCUAUCAGAAGAAUCACUGGAAAGAUGAAAAAUGUUGAAGGGAAACGAGAAAGACAUGAUGUGAUUGCUGAAUAUGCUAACUAUGGAUCUCAAAUAUAUGCCCCUCUUUCUCGAACUGGGUUAUUUCCAGAUCGUGAUUCUGAGAAAUAUGUUGUGAAAAGUAACUUCCUUAAUACAUAUGAAGGUUUAUUGGAGCUGGAAGCAUCUCUUCCAGAUUUUGUUACACAGCCACGGAUAAAAGUUCCAAAGCCUAAAGUAAUGACUGGAUACAUCCGACGAACCGCUCGGCGUGAAAUGGAGUUGACAGAAAUGUACCAGGCAAUUAAAAUGAAGGACAUGGUAGUACCUGAGAAGAAGCCGCUGAGAUUUCUUGUGAAGAUAGAAAAGCCCGUGCCACGCCCACCUACUCCAGGCGUCCAAGCACCACCUGAGGGAGAGGAAGAGAGAGAGCUAGCUGUAAUCUGUCUUCAGAAAUUAAUAAGAGGAAGAGCUAUUCAAAACAUGAUGUUUGAAGGCAAAGAGAAAAGGAUUGAACUGAUUCAAGAGCUUCGGACCACACAUGCCCUGCAAGAGGACAGACAGCUUAUUAAGAAAACGGAGAAGCAAGUCAUUCUGGCAUUACAACGGCAAAGAGAGCUGCAUGAACACAAGGUUUCAACAGCUGAAGGUCAUAGGGCAAACGUAGAAGGUGGUCUUCUGGCAGAUUUAUUUGAUUACCUCUCCAAGGAACUGAUUCGACUGCAGGAGGAACGGCGCAUACAUGCACUUGCUGUGCUGGCAGAGCGAGACCGUCGGUUAAGGGAGGCAGAAGAGAGUGGUCUCCGGCAACUGGAGGAGAGGCGGAGAAGGGAGGAAGAUGAGAUUUUUAAACAGGUUGUGAGGGUGCAUCAAGAAACAGUAGACUGUUAUUUAGAAGACAUCAUUUUUAGCAACCUGGAAAGUACAGCCGAUGAGCAAGCAAGAGAGGAGAUACACAAGGUGGCUGAAGAGAUAAAUAAUAUUGCCUAUACAAUGGAGGAAACCCGGACACGCCUUCAGUCAGAAGAAAUUGUUGCAGAACUGGUGUACAGUUUUCUCAUUCCAGAAGUGCACAAAAUCACAUUCCGAGAAAAAGUAAAACAGUCGCAGCUCAAGCACUUGCGUGCUGCCCGUGAAGUGGUGCACAAUGUGAUUCAGAAUGGGCAGAAGGUGCCAGAAGUUCCAAAAGAAGAAACAGGAAGAAUCUCAGAAGCUCCUACGCAGUAA